GUCAAAAUGGCGGGUUUUGUGUAUGGGUAAACACUUUCGUAUAGUCUUUCUUAGUGUGUUUUAAAGGCUAAAUAUGAAGAGAGUAUUCAGUAUCCCAGAGAAAGUCACUAAUGGUACUGGUGUAGGAUACUGCUGGCAAAAGUCCCAAGGCAGUUAUUUAGCUGUUAGCGGGUCAUCUAAAAAUAUUUUAAUUUUCGAUCGCCAUGGUGAACAAGUGGAUGAAAUUUCUCUUCCUGGGUUCUGUACUGGGAUGGGAUGGGAUAAAGACGGUGAUACACUGGCUAUUAUCCAAGACAAAAGUGGAAUUAUCUUUUUAUGGGAUUCCAAUUCUUUGAAAUUAACACAACUGGAAAGUGGGCUAAGGGACACACUAACAUUCCUGUUAUGGUCAAAAGUAGGCCCUCAAUUGGCAAUAGGAACAUCCAAGGGAAACCUUUUGAUUUAUAAUCACCAGACAUCCAGGAAAAUUCCAAUUCUUGGCAAACACACCAAGAAAAUCAUAUGUGGAUGCUGGAAUCAAGAGAAUCUUUUGGCUUUGGGAGCUGAGGAUAAAUCCAUUACUGUAAGCAAUGUCGAUGGAGACACAGUACGGCAGGCAACACUCCGCAAUGAUCCAGCAGAUAUACGGUUCAGUGAGAUGAAGACAGAUGAACGAAGUUCAGCAGCUGAAACUACACUGAGCAUGAUUGUUGGCAAGAAGACAUUGUAUCUGUAUAACUUGAAUGAUCCUGACAAUCCUAUCGAACUAGCAUUUCAGGCACGAUAUGGCGGUAUUAUAUCAUAUAGAUGGUUUGGUGAUGGCUAUAUACUAAUUGGGUUUUCUAAUGGAUUUGUUGUCGUGAUUUCAACUCACAUGAAGGAAAUUGGCCAGGAAUUGUAUCAAACAAGGGAUCACAAAGACUUAUUGACAGAUAUUGCUGUGUCAACUCAACUCAGCAAAGCUGCAUCUUGUGGUGACAACUGUAUCAAGAUUCAUGAUCUGGUUGAGAUGAAAGAGAUUUAUGCCAUCAUUACCCUGGACGACGUAGGAGGUAAUCCAGACAAGAUUUCAUGGACAGAUGAUGGUCAACUUCUUGCUGUUAGCACUCAAAAAGGUGCUAUUCAUGUAUAUCUCACCAAGCUUCCUAUUCUUGGAAACACAUGUGGAACUAAGAUGGCAUACUUGACAUCUCUUCGAGAGGUCACUGUUGUUGACAGUGUUUCACAGGAGAGACCACUUGGUGUUGACAUUGUUGUAGAGCCAACAUUUGUUGGUCUUGGUCCAUAUCAUUUGGCUGUUGGGAUGAAUAACAGAGCAUGGUUUUAUGCACUUAGUGAUAAAGCAAGUGAACAAUUAAAAGACAGAGAAUAUCUUGGGACAGUCAACAGUAUUUAUCUUAACAGUGACUAUGCCGCAGUGCUCUUUGAAAAUAAAGUCCAGUUGCAUUUGAUUGAAGGGGAGAAUAUGGAUACUGCAGAUGAGAGAGAAACCCGCCUGUUUCCAGACAAAGACAGCCAAGGCAAAGCCACUUGUUGUGCGUUAACUGCAGAGUUCUUAGUUUUUGGCACUGAUAAUGGUGGGCUCCAUUAUUUCUUCAUUGAAGAUUGGCAGUAUGUGAAUGAGUUUAGGCAUGUUGUUGGUAUCCGUAAAAUCUUCCCUAAUCCUCGUGGUACAAGAUUGAUAUUUAUUGAUGAUAAAAGUGAUGGUUUUGUCUACAAUCCUGUUAAUGAUGCUACUUUUGAAAUCCCAAAUUUCUCUCCAACCAUCAAAGGCAUUGUAUGGGAAAACUGGAAUCUUGACAAGGAUAUUUUCUGUGGUUAUGAUGAUGACAAGAUCUUCACAUAUGUAUUCUAUAGAGAUACUGUCACAGGUGCUCAGUGCAUCAUGGCUGGAACUACAAAACUUCCUUAUGGACAAAAACCUUUGAUGCUGUAUGGCGGUGAGAUGGUUUGUCAGACUCUUAGUGGAAAGACAUCUAAGCUUACGUUAUCAACACACUUUUAUCAUGAGAAACUACAGGACUUGCCUCAGGAUGAUAUAAAAACGUCCUUCAAUCAAAGUGUCUUGUUGAAGAGGUUCAAAGAAGCAUGGAAUGCAGCCAAGGCACUUGAUUCUAAAGAACAUUGGAUAGAACUAGGAAAGACAGCCAUUAAACACCUGGAACUUGAUCUUGCCAUUAAGGUGUAUCGUAAGAUUGGAGAUGUUGCAAUGGUCCUCUCAUUGGAGAAGAUUAAGGAUGUAGAAGACAGAAACCUGUUGUCAGGCUAUGUUGCUAUGUUUCUUGAAGAUUACAACACUGCACAGGACCUGUUUCUUUCUUCCGCUCAGCCAUCGGCAGCUCUGGAGAUGAGAAGAGAUCUUCUUCACUGGGAUCAAGCACUGGAACUGGCCAAGUCGUUGUCACCUGAACAAAUCCCAUACAUUUCUAAAGAAUAUGCACAACAGCUUGAGUUUACGGGAGACUAUGCUAAUUCUCUGUUUCAUUAUGAAAAAGGCAUCACUAACCUUCCCCAUCAACAAGAGCAUGAUGAUGCUUGCCGAGGUGGAAUGGCACGAAUGGCUAUCAGAGUCGGUGAUAUUAGAAGGGGGGUUCAAAUUGCAUCUAAAAGUCCCAGCAGACAACUCAAGAAGGAAUGUGCAUCGAUCCUGGAAGGAAUGAAGCAAUACACAGAGUCAGCGGUUCUCUAUGAGAAAGGUCAGUAUUGGGAUAAAGCGGCUGGUGUUUACAUGAAGACUAAAAACUGGGCCAAAGUUGGUGAACUACUGAACCAAGUGACAUCCCCUAAGCUACAUGCACAGUAUGCCAAGGCUAAAGAAGCUGAUGGGAAGUACAAAGAGGCUGCACGGGCUUAUGAAGCGGCAAAAGACUACGAUAAUGUCAUAAGGAUCAAUCUGGAUUACCUGCAAAAUCCUGAAGAAGCUGUUCGCGUCGUCAAGGAAGCACAGUCUGUGGAAGGCGCCAAGAUGGUUGCAAAGUUUUUCCAGAACCUCGGGGAUUUUGGAUCAGCCAUUCAGUUUCUGGUUCUAUCAAAGUGUAAUGACGAAGCAUUCCAGUUAGCCCAGGCUCACAAUCAAAUGGAACAGUAUGCAGACAUCAUUGGUGAUGACGCUACUAAAGAUGAUUAUUCGAGCAUUGCCAUGUACUUUGAUAAUCAAAAACAGCAUCUCUUGGCGGGAAAAUUUUAUCUCAAGUCGUCUCAGUAUGCAAAGGCUCUAAAGCUUUUCCUCAAGUGUCCAGUGACGGAAGAUGGAGAGUCUGUUGAGCUGGCCAUUGAAACGAUUGGAAAAGCAAGCGAUGACAUUCUUACUCAUCAGCUCAUUGAUUUUCUCAUGGGCGAAACAGAUGGAAUGCCAAAGGAUGCCAAAUAUCUAUUUCGUUUGUACAUGGCACUCAAGCAAUACCGUGAGGCAGCGCGCACUGCUAUCAUUAUUGCUCGUGAAGAUCAGAAUGCUGGAAACUACCGUAACGCUCAUGAUGUCCUAUUCAGCAUGUUCCAGGAGCUGACACAACACAAGAUUAAAAUACCAACUGAGAUGAGUCAAAAUCUGAUGAUAUUACACAGCUAUAUUCUUGUAAAGGUUCAUGUUAAACGCGGUGACCACCUAAAAGGAGCUCGAAUGUUGAUUCGUGUGGCCAACAACAUCAGCAAGUUUCCAGCUCACAUCGUCCCAAUAUUGACCUCUACUGUUAUCGAGUGUCACCGGUCUGGUUUAAGGAACUCUUCGUUCAGCUAUGCAGCGAUGCUGAUGAGGCCUGAAUACCGUCAAAAGAUCGAUCUUAAAUACAAGAAAAAAAUUGAGCAAAUUGUCAGAAAACCCGAUAAGACAGAGGAAGAGGAGGCACAGGACCCGUGUCCGUAUUGUAACUAUGAAGUACAGCAAACCAAACUAGACUGUCCAGAGUGCAAGAAUACCAUUCCAUACUGUAUCAUUACGGGACGUCACAUGGUGAAAAGUGAUUGGAGUGCAUGUCCAAACUGUUCUUUCCCUGCUUUAUAUUCAGAGCUCAAAAGCGUACUGGAGCCUGGUGAAGCAGUGUGUCCCAUGUGUUCAACCACGAUAGUUGCAUCAGAUGUUAAGCAUAUUAAAGAUCCAUCGGCUUACCUUAAAACUAUAGAUUCUGCGGAAUAAAUUCUCCUACGUUAAACAAUAGCUUUCACAUCAUAGAAACUGUUGACUUUUUCGUAUUCAUAGACACAAAACUGAUUGUAGGUGAUGAGGGAAGGAAAAAAACAAGUUAUGUACAUUCUGCUAAGAUGUAAUUUGCAUAUGUCAUUUUUGUAGUCAGUUGUUUAGACUCUAAAGUACUGUUCCUAUAGGGCUACCCACAGCUAAGCAUUUGACUAGCAGAUUUAGCGAUAUCUAUAAUGCCUGUAAAUAUGACCUUUUUGAAAGAAAAAAAUACUAAAAAUCAUUUGUCUUACCUUCCGAUGUGGUUUUAAUCACAAAUUGAGGCGUAAUUUGCCGUUUUUCUUUGAUAUUUCCCCCUCUUUACUUAUAUCAGAUAUCGAUAAAUCUGCUAUUCAAAUGCUUAGCUUGGGUUGCCUGUGGGCUACCUUCACACUUUCGCUUCUUUCGGCUCCAGUUUCCAUCUCCUUAUUGUCCACAGGGAAUCCAGUAAAAAGGAGCAUCUAUCAGUAAUUGGCACCAGGUGGGGCUUCUUUCAUUAGGCUUCUGAAACUUGUAUGACACUACUUGAUUUUCAAUGCAUUGUGGGAUCAGAGUCCGUAAAAAUCCGUCAUGUCCGCGACAUAUCCUACAAUGCAUUGCGUAUACGGUACGUGGCAUAAAAGCCUCAGAGGUCUAUUCUAGGUUUACCGGCAGUAAUGGCCCUGUGCAAAUUUGAAGGCUUCAAUCGUUUUCGUUACUGGAAUUCAUUUUUCUUAGAUUUCUUAGCAUGCACUUCAGUACCAACCUUUGUAUAUAUGUACCUUUGUUGAACUCAGUAUGAAAAAUCCGUGCAUCGAUGUAUUUACCAAAAGCUAAUAAAUAUAAUUUAUUCACGUC